AUGCCUGCAGAAGCGGUUGCAAACAACCUUGAUCUGAAAGCCAUUCCUGAUGAAUUAAAAUGCCUCAAUGAUUUAGAGGAACAUUUAGUAGCAUUGCAUAUUCCAUUUUUGAAAAUGUUGGCUUUGCCAAGAGGUGGCCAAAAAGGCGUUCAUGGGCCAGUUGUGUGUGUACCAUCGAGUGUAGUGAAAGCAACAAGCUUUUUACCAAGAAUUGAAUCAGAAGAUCAGACAAUACGAGUGAAACUGAAGCGAAAGCUUACAUACAAAGGUCACUACCAGUUUAAAUGUGUUAAAAAAGGUAAUGUAAAAAAUGCGUUAGUAUAUCUUCAAAAGAAUAAUAAAUGGUAUGAAGAUGUAAAAUUCAAUGUGGAUUGGGAGAACACUCUAUCAAGAAAUGAAGGAAAUGAGAAUUCUUCUGAUGAAGAACAUAGUGAAACAUCUGAUGCAGAGAAUGAUCCAGACGAUGUUCAUGGAAUAGUAGAAUUUCAACAACGUGGUUCACCACACACGCAUUGCUUAUUCUGGGUUGACAAUGCUCCAAUUGUUGACAAUGAUGCUGAUGAUAAAGUGGUUGAUUUUGUUGACAAGUAUGUAACUUGUAAUAUGCCUUCUCAAGAUGAGGAUUCAGAAUUACAUGAGAUUGUAAACAAAGUCCAAAAACACAGCACAAGACAUUCAAAAUCUUGCAAGAAGAAAGGCACGAAUUGCAGGUUCAAUUUUCCACGACCUCCUUGCACAAGAUCAUUCAUCUGUCGACCUGAUAGUGAAACAGAUGAGUUGCAAUUAAAAAACGUUCUAGAAGAAGAUUCUGAUGUAACUGAUGACGAAGAUUCUGAUAUGGGAAUACAUAAAUUGUCCAUGACAAAAGAAAGUGCAAAGAAAAUUCUUGGAAAUGUUUGGAAAGCUCUUUCUGAUAACCAAAAGGAAUAUGAAAGUGUAGAUUCCUUAUUCUCGGAUAUAGGAAUUUCUCAGGAAAUCUUUGAAAAGGCAAAUAGAUUAUUAACGAAAAAAACAUCUGUUGUUUUGAAACGGCAGCCAAAUGAUGUAUGGGUGAAUCAGUAUAAUGCAGAUUUAAUCCGUUGUUGGGAUGCCAAUAUGGAUAUCCAGUUUGUUGUUGAUGCAUAUUCCUGUGUUGUAUAUAUUGUUUCCUACAUUUCCAAAGCAGAACGAGAGAUGGGGUUAUUGUUGGAUCAUGCUCAAAAAGAAGCUACAAAUGAAGGCAAUGUUGAUGCCAAGAAAGCAUUAAAACAGUUGGGAACUGUAUACCUCCAAAACAGAGAAGUUAGUGCCCAAGAGGCUGUAUAUAGAGUAUGUAAUUUAAAGCUGAAACAGUCAUCACGAAAAGUCCAGUUUAUUCCUACUGGAGACAAUCCUAUUAAAAUGAGUUUGCCAUUUGAGGUCAUCAGAAAGAAAAAUGAAGGCGCUGAUGUAGAUGAAGAGGAUAUAUGGAUGACUAGCAUAGUUGACAGAUACAAAGCUAGACCAGAUGGACAAGAUUUUGAUAGUUUGUGUCUUGCUGCAUUCUGCUCAGAAUACAGAAUCCUUUCAACAUUUGAAAUGUCAAAUGUCAAUAAUGACAAAAGAAGAAAUCCAGCAGUAACAUUAAAAAAGGACCUUGGUCAUAUGCAAAAAAGAUCUAGAAGUGAGCCUGCUGUUGUAAGAUAUGCACGAUUUUCAGUGACAAAGAAUCCCGAGAAAUAUUAUCAGAGUAUAUUGCAACUUUUUCUCCCAUAUCGCAUUGAUAAACAAUUGAAACCUGUUGGGUUUGAAUUUUUUGAAAAUUUUUAUCAUGAUGGAGCAGUUAAAUUGGGAAAUGCACCAUUGGAAAAAGUGAAAUUGAUUGUUGACAGAAAUCGAGCCUUAUUCGAGAAAGAGGCUGAUGCUAUUGAGACUGCAUCAAAACUACUUGAUGAAUGUGGGCAAUUAGAAGAUGCAUGGGCUAAAAUAUGCCCAGAAACUGAAUCUGAACGAAUUGAGUGCCUCGAAGAAGCACAGCAGAAAAAUACUGAUGAUAAUGAGUAUGACGCUUCAAUUCCUGAUCUAGAAGAGCAACCACAGAUUGCAGAUAGCCAUGCUGUAGUACCACCUUGUUCAACGUCAAAGAUUGAGGGACAGUCGAUGCUGAGAAAAUUGAAUAUGAAACAAUCUCAAAUAUUUUACAAAAUCCGACAGUGGUGUUUGGAUAAAAGCAAUGGAUUGAACCCAGACCCAUUUUUUGUGUUUGUCACUGGUGGAGCUGGAACUGGAAAAAGUCAUUUAAUCAAAUCUGUGUAUUAUGAAGCUACACGCAUUCUUGCUCGUUCGUUACCAAAUCCUGAUGAUAUUUCUGUACUUUUAACAGCACCAACAGGCGUUGCUGCAUUUAAUAUUGGAGGUAUGACUGUGCACAGUGCUUUAUCAAUACCAGUUAAUACCAAGCUACCAUAUAUACCACUGGGUAAUGAUAAGAUUAAUAGCGUUCGUUGUAAGCUAAGCACUCUUCAAAUCUUAGUCAUAGAUGAAAUUUCUAUGGUGGAUCACAAAUUACUUGCUUAUAUCCAUGGUCGAUUAAGACAGAUUAAACAAAUUAGCAGUCAUUCACCAUUUGGUAAUGUUUGUGUCAUGGCAUGUGGUGAUUUUUACCAACUCCCACCUGUAAAAGGAAACCCAUUAUGUGUUGGAAACGAGAUUGUAAGUCUUUGGAAAGAUAAUUUCAUGUUUGCUGAAUUAACUGAAAUAAUGAGACAGACAGAUGUUGCAUUCGCUGAGACACUUAAUAGGCUACGAAUUCAUAAGAAAGGAGAGGCACUGUCCUCUACUGAUGUUGAAAUGCUUGAAGGUCGGGAAACUGGUGAGGAAACUGAUGCAAUUCAUAUUUUUGGUACAAAUGCACAGGUUAACACAUGCAAUGUAAUGAUGCUUCAUAAGUUAUGCACAGAUCCAGUGCUUAUUGAGGCUCAAGAUUUUACCAAAAAUGCAAAGACAGGUAAAUUAGAAAGAAAUGAAAUGCCUCAUAAGAAGGUUUACAUGAGUCUUUUACCAGAAAGUAUUACUCUAGCUAUUGGUGCGAGAGUGCAACUUACAAAAAACAUAGAUGUUUCAGAUGGAUUAGUUAAUGGUGUAUUUGGAACUGUAAAUCACAUAACUAUGACACCAGGAAAUAAUUUUCCUUCUGCAAUAUAUGUAGUAUUUGAUAAUGCCAAAGUGGGUGAAAAGUUACGGAAGAAGAGUGCAAUCGCUUCAACAUUACCAGAAAAUAGCACUAUGAUUAAAGUUAAUGAGGACACUGUUGCACCAAAUGGUGGUAUCAGAAGACAGUUUCCUCUUAAGUUAGCUUGGGCUUGCACAGUUCAUAAAGUACAAGGCUUAACUGUAAACAGAGCUGUCGUCAACUUGAAAAAAAUCUUUACAUCAGGACAGGCUUAUGUGGCUUUAAGUCGCGUGACAAAUUUGAGUGGACUCAUUGUGCAGGGAUUUCAAACAUCGGCAAUUUAUUGCAAUGAGAAAGUGCAAGCUGCGUUGGAAAACAUGCCAAAGUUCAUCACUGAGCUAUCAGAGCAGUCGAGCGCAAACUACAUGUGUACUUUGAUUAUGCAUAAUGUUCAGGGUCUACAGUCUCAUAUUCAAGACAUUCAAAACGAUAAUGCAUUCCUGAUGUCUGAUGUUAUAUGUCUUACUGAAACGUGGUUAACUGACAGAGAACCCGAGUUUGACAUUGAAUUGAAAGGAUUUAGUUUUAAUCACAAACCAAGACGUCUUUCUUACAAUAGAUCUACUGACAAUACAGCAAAGUUGAUGGAUCAGUGUCAUGGUGGUGUAGCAGUAUAUGCAAAACAAAACAAAUCAUUUAAGAUUUUGAACUUGCCAAUAUCAAAUAUGGAAUGCAUGGUAUUUUGUUUAACUAAUUUGAAUUUAACAGCUGCUGUUAUAUACAGACCAGCAUCAUAUCAGCUAGAGAUAUUCAGAGAAAGUUUACUUGUUCUUGUGGAGGAACUUGAUAAACAACAAGGUGGAACAAUUAUUAUGGGCGAUUUCAACCAAAAUAUCUUUGUCUCUUCAUCAAUUAUGAAGCUACUGCAAGAACAUGGUUAUAGGCAGUGUGUAUGUCAAGGAACUACAGAGGCUGGCACACUUAUUGACCAUGUGUAUGUCAAAG